AUGUUCUAUUUAAUUUUUUAUUUUCUUACUUAGGAACAAGUGAUAUUCAGCUAAACUACUUACAUCACAUACGAUGAAAGUACAUUUAGAUCGUUUUAAAUUAAAAACAAAGGAUUCUAUUGCUUCAAUAAUAUGGGAAGAACAUAAGACAUAAAAUUUAGAGACUCUUUUCAGAAUAUUCCAAAUGUAAUUCUGAUUCCAGAAUUAUAUGAUAUUCCUGGAAGCAGAGCAAAUUAUAAUCUUAAAAUUACUGAAAUUACAUUAACAAGUAUAAAAAAGAAUUUUUGAAUUAUAGAAUUCUCUCUCAGCAUAACAUGUACAGAAGGAAUGGUUUAUGGAAUUUAUUUAAAAUGGUUAGCAAUUGAUGAUGCAAGAGUUUAAGUUAUUAAUCAAUUUAACAUACAAAAUUUCGAGAAAAAAACUUUUGAUCAUAUUAAUAGUAAUGCUCAAAAAUACUUUAUAUCUGUUAUUUCUUUCUCUUUUUCAGGGCCAGUUAGUUUUAAAGUUUAGGUAAAAAUAAUUUAAUGUAAAGGUAACUGAAAUAACAACUAAAAAUUUAACUAUCACAAUUACCGAUCCAUAAAAUUUAAUAACAAAUCUUAUUAAAUUAAGUUAUUAAAUAAUUUUAGGCAUUGAUGAGAUUUUCAAUUAAUAUGAUCUUUUACAGAUAAAUUCUCCUUUUGUUAGUUAACAUUUCCCUCUCAUAGAAAAAUCAUGGUUUAUUAUUCCAAUUAAUGGAUUUUAUUAUGAUGCAGUUGAUAGAAUGAAAUUCAAAAAAAUAUAUCAUUCAGAUUAAUCCUUUUAAUGGUUUGAGUUAAUUACAGGUAAUUUUAGAGAUAUAUAAUAGAUUGUUGUUGCAUUCCAGUUGGGUAUCAUGUUCCUUAGUGGAUGAAAUUCUAACAUAUCACUGACAUGAAACCUUAUGAAAUCAGUUAAAUUAAGAUAAAGCAAAUAAUUGAUAGCAGAAUUGAUUACAUAAAUUCUUUUUAAAUUUUAUUUGAAGGAAAAGCUGAGAAAAUAACUUCCCUUGGAGAAAUAAUGUAGAUUAUAGACAAAACAGAAAACGAUAUUACUUUAAAUAUUCAUACUUUAUGUAAUGAAAAUGAGUAGUUGAAAAUUAACUUAAAUAUUCCUCUCAUAAAUUUUCCGAAUCCAUAUAUCCUCAAAUGUUUGGACUCCUUCCAAGAAAUUGUUUAUUCAAUAACACUUUUACCUGCUUCAAUAGCUUUUUAAGAAUUGAUAUUUAAAAUCUCAGAAUCAGAAUGCAAAAUUUCUUAAUUACUGUUCAACUAUUAACAAAAUGUAGUUGAAUUAUUUUCAAUUCAGAAACUCUCCAUUUAAUCUGAUUAAACUUGA